UCACACCUGUCUAUCUUGAUAUUCAAGUUUUGUUACUGCUCCUAAACUUACCAGAUAAAAACCUUUUUCAAAAUUUUGCGUAUAUUCCAUAGAACCAGCUGCAAUGGCUCGCCGGGAUGCUGGCGACAGCUUCCUCAAGCGCGAGAAGAACACCCAAGAGGUGGUGGAGAAUGUCAUUGGCGAGCUGAAGAAGAUCUAUCGGAGCAAGCUGCUGCCACUGGAGGAGCACUAUCAGUUCCAUGACUUUCACUCCCCCAAGCUUGAGGAUCCCGACUUCGAUGCCAAGCCCAUGAUUUUGUUGGUGGGCCAGUACUCCACCGGAAAGACUACCUUCAUCCGAUACCUGCUGGAGCGAGAUUUCCCGGGCAUUCGGAUCGGCCCGGAGCCGACAACGGAUCGCUUCAUAGCCGUGAUGUACGAUGAGAAGGAGGGCGUGAUUCCUGGCAACGCCCUGGUGGUGGACCCCAAGAAGCAGUUCCGGCCGCUGUCCAAGUAUGGAAACGCCUUCCUCAAUCGCUUCCAGUGCAGCAGCGUGGCCUCGCCAGUACUGAACGCCAUCUCAAUUGUGGAUACGCCUGGUAUUCUAUCUGGCGAGAAGCAGCGCAUUGACAGGGGCUACGACUUCACCGGAGUGCUGGAAUGGUUCGCGGAGCGUGUGGAUCGGAUCAUUCUGCUGUUCGACGCCCACAAACUGGACAUUUCGGACGAGUUCCGGCGCUCGAUCGAGGCGCUCAAGGGCCACGACGACAAGAUUCGCAUCAUUCUGAACAAGGCGGACAUGAUUGACCACCAGCAGUUGAUGCGGGUCUACGGGGCGUUGAUGUGGUCGCUGGGCAAGGUGCUGCAGACUCCCGAAGUGGCGCGCGUGUAUAUCGGCUCGUUCUGGGACCAGCCACUGCGCUUCGAUGCCAACCGCCGGCUUUUCGAGGACGAGGAGCAGGAUCUGUUCCGUGACCUGCAGUCCCUACCACGCAACGCUGCCCUGCGUAAGCUAAACGAUCUGAUCAAGAGGGCGCGCCUGGCCAAGGUUCACGCCUUCAUCAUUGCCGAGCUGCGCAAGGAUAUGCCCUCGGUGUUUGGCAAGGACAGCAAAAAGAAGGAUCUUAUUAAGAACCUGGGACAAGUGUACGAUCGUAUUCAGCGUGAGCACUCCAUCUCGCCCGGCGAUUUCCCUGAUAUCAAGAAGAUGCAGGAGGUGCUGCAGCACCAGGACUUUACCAAGUUCCACUCCCUCAAGCCCCACCUGCUGGACAUUGUUGACAAUAUGCUGGCCAAGGACAUAGCGCGCCUCAUGGAGAUGAUCCCUCAGGAGGAGAUGACACUCGUUUCGGAGCCUGUAGUGAAGGGUGGUGCCUUCGAGGGAGUCAUCGACGACCACGUCUCGCCCUUCGGCUACAUGAAGGGUGAGGGUAUCGAUGCCGGCUGUGGAGAGCACGACUGGAUCUGCAACAAGGACAAACCACGCACAGACGGCAUAUUCAAUGGGCUGGGACCCGUUGAUGGCAAGAUAUCCGGUGCAACUGCCAAGCAGGAGCUCAUCAAAUCGAAACUGCCCAACUCGGUGCUCAGCAAGAUCUGGAAACUGUCCGAUGUCGACGGCGAUGGCUUCCUGGACUCUGAUGAGUUCGCGCUGGCCUUGCACUUAAUCAACGUCAAGCUGGAAGGCUGCGAGCUGCCCACCGUGCUGCCGGAGCACUUGGUGCCACCGUCUAAGCGCUACGAUUAGUGCCCUGUAACAUAUAUGCACCCGAUCCACAGCCACACGUACACAAAAGAUCACAUAGAGACCAAGGAUGCACUUUGUUUCGAUUUGUUUUAUAUAUUCAAUCACUGUGCAGGCGACUGCCAUUUUUAUGUAAUAUACUCGUUAUGAACGCGCUAAACUGGGUAUUAAAAAACACGCAUUGAAACGCAUGAGAUAUCAAUCAUAAAUUCUUAGAAUUUACAAAAAAAAAAAAA